AAGUCCACGGCUCUUACCCAAACCGUGCAGACGGCCGCGUCGCACACCGGCGGGGUGCGUCACCGCGACAAGACGCCAUACGAGAAGAGGGGGGAGGGGCACAAUUCAAAUCAGACGCGCCGUCUCCGUUUAGAUGCCCUCCGGGAAGUAGAAGCCGGCGAGCGACGUGUACUCCGGCGACGAGAACGACUCGCCGACCUGCUGCAGGACGCCUACAUCGCCCGCGCCCGAGGAUUUGGCCGCGAGGCCGACGAUGCCGAGCAUCGCGAGGCGGCAGUGCUUGAUCUCCUGGAGCUGCUUCUCGCGGUACUCCUCCGGCGUGUAGUUGAAGCCGAAGGGGUUCCACCGGCCCGGGCCCUGGCCGAGCCCGGAGUCGCCCGGCAUGUACGACGGGUCCUUGAGCUUGUUGAUGCGCCAGACCUCGCAGGCGACCAUGAAGCCGAGGAUCUGGUACCAGCCCGCCUUGGGGAUGGCGUCGAGCGCGUCGAAGGGGUUCAUCUUGCCGAAGGCGUUGUCCUUGCCCGGCCAGUGCGCGAUCUCGGGGAAGACCCAGCCGAGGCACGCGAGCUGCGCGAUGCGGCCGUGCAUGAGCUCGGCCUCGCGGAAGAUCUUGAGCGAGCCAUCGCCCUCGUCGCCGACCCACCACGCGCCCGGCGCGUACUUCGAGAAGCCGAGCGGGUCGAAGCCGACGUCGCCGACGAGCGAGCCGUCGAGCGGCGUCGUCGUCCACGGCAGCGCGACCGACGGGUACUGCGCGCCGCUGCUCGACCGCUUCUGGGCCUUGGGCGCGGCCUUGGCGCCCUUCUUGCCGAAGCCGAAGCCGGCCGCCGGCGCCGCGAGGCAGAGCGCGACGACGAGCUUCAUCUUUCUCUCGGGACCUGCGUGUGACAAGCGGGGUCGCGCGCGGCGCUUCCUUUAUCAUCGAUACGUGCUUCGCCCGCCCCGUGCUCUCGACCGUCGCGUAACGUCGACGCGCGGGCCGGCCGCAGGCGCUCCAGCCGGGCGCCGGCAGAGGUGUUCGGCCUCCACGGCGCUCCGCUACGGCGUCCGUGGGCCGCCCCUCCAGCACCCAGCGCCGGCGAGCCGAAGUACCGAGCACGCGCCUUCGCUGGGGUAGCGACAGCACCGCAGACUAGGCGCGUUUCGCUCACGAAUUGCUGUUUUGGAGGCGGCCGCCUGCAGCACUCUUACGGCCCAAGUGAGCAAGCCACGGUGCUGCGCUUCGAGCAACGUGUGCUCGAUCGUAUGAAGGUAGCCUCUCGCUCCGUCGAUUUGCUGUGUUGGUUCGAACAGGCGCCGUAUGCCGACGAUUUGACCGGAUGAUCGAGCUUGACG